AUGGCGUCGGGACCGUCUGGGCUGGCGGUGUGCGCUUUUUUUGGCACGCGCAAGGGCUGCAAGCGCGGCAAGAAAUGCCCGAACGUCCACAUGAAGAAGGGUGGCGAGGUGGUGAGCCACGGCCGGGCUGACACGCUGAAGGAGGAGGUGCUGGCGUAUUUGGCGGAGGUGGGGUCGCGCACGGCGGUGGGCCGGGUCUGGACCGAGAAGAAGGAUGACAAGGCCGUCUUGGCGAUCCAGAUCCAGGGAGCCUCUGCAUCCCAGGAAGCACUGGCGGCAGAGCAUACUGGCUCGCUUCAGCUGCCCACGGGCGAGUGGCUCUAUGGCAACGCGCAGGUGGCUGUCCCGGAGCAGCUUCACCACUGUACGAGCCUGGAGGGCGCGCUGGGCAUCAUGGCAGCCGGCCGCGUCAACAACAGCCCUGGUUGCCAUCCGGCUGCGGUCUACACCACCAAGGACUGGUCCAACACCACCUACGACCGCGGCGGAAGCAUCAUCCUCAGGCCCCAUGGCUUCAUCGCGUCUAACAAGACGUCGAAGUCCUACCAUGGCGCUUCAGGCCCAGUCCUGCCUGGCCUGAUGGUGCGGCUCGCCAGGUCGCUCGAGGAGUGGGUGCUGGACUCAAGCGCUUGUGAGGUGAAGGAGGUGUGGCUGCAUUUGGAGUCCGCCCUGGCUUUUUUGAGCAGCGGAGGCUACAUCAAUCACCGCAGACCCGGAGGCUACAUCAAGCCGAUGUAA